CACGCCCUUGUCCCAAAUGAAGAGUCCAAGAGCCCAUUCCCCGCAACUUCCCACAAAAACCUGAAACAACUUGCGGAUUUUUGUGUGCCGGUAGGUCCUCCGGAUCCGCACCUGACGUAGCAUGGCCUCUGGAUAAUAGGAAACAACGAUGGAAAACAGUCACCAUGGCUACACAAGAAAAAGUAAUGGCUUCUAGCCUUCAAUUCGUUCUGAACGAAAUGGUCUACCAUUCUCGAACUCUGGUGCCUCAAGGCAGAGAGAGCUUUCUUAGUAAAGGAAAAGGAAUCUUCUAUAUUCAUUAUCCCUCUGCAGAAGACCUGUCCAAUAUUGGACCAGGAAAUGUUAUGCCGCUUGUGUAUCUUCCGUAUGAAGAAGCAAAGAAGAUCGACUAUUUUGCUGUCAUCCCACUGUUGGAAGCCUACAACCCACUUUUCGAGGUUGUGGUGGUUGUGGCUUGCGUCUAUUCUCCGUCCAGGAAUGACACAAUAUUCAAGGGACAGGUCAUCACCAUCAACAGCUACAAGACGAUUCCGGAGAUCAUGGACCCCAAUGGACAAAUCGUUAAAGGAUCAUGUGAAUUAACAGAGGAGACUGAUAAGUAUGUCAGGGCAGCAAUGGAGCAUUGCAACAAUUGCGGAAAAUUGAAGGACGAGGUGGAACGAUUGCAAAAAUGUGCCAACUGCAAGUCUGCUCGGUACUGUAGCAAAGAGUGUCAAAAAACGGACUGGAAGAGGCAUAAGAAGAGGUGCACAUUCACAAAGUCACUCCGCAAAGACGGACAGCAUAUGAAGAAGCAUGUUCCCAAAAAGACCUCGUAGAGCAGCCUUGCUUAGGUAAUUGACAAGAAUUCGACAACUACACAGUGUAUGCCUCCCCGGUUCACCCCAGACAAUGUGGAACUGGUGUGAGGUUAGAUCGGUUGGUAGCAGCAUUAUCUGCCAGUGAGCAACAGUACCCUGUAGUAGCUCAUAAACUGUUACUAAAUGUACAAGCCAGACGUUCUGUCCUUGCCUCCUCUUGGCACCACAAGAGCCAAUUUUGCUAUGGCUGGCUACCAGUAGCUAGAUAGGUUUGGUAGCAUAGUACCCUAAUGCAGUACUAAUACCGCAGAAUACUUUCGAGAUCCCCUUUUCUAAAAGUUCCGGUAGUGCUUC